AUGCUUUAUCUCCUUCUCGGCUCUUCAUGCUCUCUAUCGGAUCUCCUUCGGCAUCCUUCUAUGCUCACAUUCCGCAAAAAUGCCGGUAAAGCGCCGCUUAUCGAAGCAGAGCACAAGGAUCUCUCAGCGCUCAGUCUCAACGACGUUCACGGAUUAUUGCGAGAUGAGCUCAAUCGUUACGAGUCACCGAUCUCUAUUCAAGAUGUGCAGUGA